AUGAUCGCAACCACUACAACUACCAACCCUCCCCCUGAAAAGCAAGACAUACAGACAGGGCUCAACUACUGGGGAGGCACCAACGACCCGAUCAUCAUCGACUUUGCCAAACCCGACGGAAAGCAGAAAUUCGCAGAGGUAGAAAAGCAACAAGCGAAGCAUCCCGUCCUCAUCCACGACAUCCGCGGAACCGAGGACCAGUACACACUAGAAACACAUGGAUUCCAGUACUUUCACGAUGAGGUCCCCGAGCUCGACGACUGGACCGACGAGCAAAAGGUCACUGACACCCUUAUCCCCAAGUCAGAGGAGCUGGUCCGCAAAAUAACCGGCGCGAAAGAAACAAUCACCUUCGCGCAUCGCAUCCGCUGCUUCUCCUCCGAUGAAGCAAAGCUAGCCGACAAUCGCGCCCCAGCGCACAGCGUCCACACGGACUUCACCGUCGCGGGUGCGCUGCGGCAUCUCGAAAAUGAGGUCUCCGACCCGGAGCGCGUCAAGCAGCUGUUAAGCGGUCGAGUCAUGAUCAUCAAUGUCUGGCGGCCGUUGAAGACCGUUCAACGGGAUCCGCUCGCUGUCUGUGACUGGCAGUCUACCAACCCGCAGCAGGAUAUCGUGCCGUAUCGGCUGGUCCUUCCGCAGGGCUGGAACGAGCUGAGUAAGGUGCGGCACAACGAGGAUCACCGGUGGUACUAUCUCAGUCAACAGCAGCGUGAUGAGCCGCUGGUGUUUAAGCAGUUUGAUAGCGACCGGUUGGAGGAGGGGGGAUUUACCCUAGCUCAUAGCGCUUUUGAGCUCCCUUCCAUUAUGGAUCAUGAGCCUCGGCAGAGCAUUGAGACUAAGAUGUUUGUGUUUUUGUAA